AUGGCUGCGACCUGGUGCGCCCUUCGAGGCGCUCGCCAGUUGGCUCUACGCACCCGAUUGCAUUCUUCCCUGCCUCCUGUGGCUCUCCGCAGAUCCUCGCCCUUCCUCUCCGCUCGCCGCGCCCUGCACACCACCUCAGAACAAUCCGCAACCGCCCGGAGAGCCGUCUAUACCAGCUCGGUGACGGACCAUGGCGAUCCUCAUCCUCGCGACGUCUUCCAGCCCCUUGAUACCUUCCCCCGCCGGCACAUUGGCCCUUCGCCGGACGCCGCUAAGGAGAUGCUGGCAACGCUGGACCCUCCGGUGGCUUCGCUCGACGAGUUCGUGAAACAGGUCCUUCCCGCCGACAUUCUGUCGAAGAAGGACCUUGACGUUAGCGCUCCUCAUACCACCGCCAAGUUGGCUCGGGACAAUGUGCACGGUGGUCUGGGAGAGACGGACAUGUUGAAGCUGCUGGAUACGUACCGGAAACAAAUCGACGUGUCGGGCAAAACGUACUUGGGCACGGGUUAUUAUCCCACCAUCGUACCCCCCGUCAUCCUCCGCAAUGUCCUGGAGAACCCGGCCUGGUACACCAGCUACACGCCUUACCAGCCCGAAAUCAGUCAGGGGCGUUUGGAAUCGCUUCUGAACUUCCAGACCUUGACGGCCGAUCUGACGGGUCUGCCAUUUGCUAACGCCUCCGUUCUCGACGAAGCUACCGCUGCUGCCGAAGCCAUGACCAUGUCGUUCGCCACUCUUCCCAUGGCUAAGCAGAAGAAGCCCGGCAAGACGUACGUCAUUUCCCAUCUCUGCCACCCCCAGACUCUGGAGGUGAUGCGGUCUCGUGCCGAAGGAUUCGGUAUCAACUUGGUCGUCGGCGACAUUCUGGCGGACGACUUCAAGCUGGUGAAGGAGCAGGGUGACAACCUUAUCGGUGUGCUCGCCCAAUAUCCCGACACCGAGGGUGGUCUCUACGACUUCCAGUCGCUGAGUGAUACCAUCCACGCUUCUGGUGGUACCUUUAGCGUUGCCACGGACCUUUUGGCCUUGACUGUCCUGAAGGCGCCCGGCGAGUUUGGUGCCGAUAUUGCUUUUGGUAGCGCCCAGCGACUGGGUGUACCGAUGGGCUACGGUGGUCCCCACGCUGCCUUCUUCGCGUGCGUGGACAAGUACAAGCGCAAGGUUCCCGGACGUGUGGUCGGUGUGUCGAAGGAUCGGUCGGGCAACCGUGCCUUGAGACUGGCUCUGCAGACACGAGAGCAGCACAUCCGUCGUGAAAAGGCCACUAGCAACAUUUGUACGGCUCAGGCCCUUCUGGCCAACAUGAGUGCCAUGUACGCCGUCUACCAUGGCCCGACCGGUCUGAAGGCUAUUGCGCAGCGCAUCAUGUCCAUGACCACGACUCUGCAGACCAAGCUUGCAGCCUUGGGCUUCAACGUCCCCAUUAGAACCAACGCUGCCGAUGGCGGUGUUGUCUUCGAUACCCUCACCGUGGAGCUCCCCAGCAGCGAGGAUGCGCAGGCCCUCGUUGCCGCCGCUCGCGCGCAGCACAUCUUCCUCCGUCAGGUCGCCCCAACCAAGAUCGGUAUCUCGUUGGACGAAACGGUCGGACGCGAGGAAGUGAAGUCCAUCCUGCAGGUAUUUGCCUCUCACGCCAAGAAGGGUGAGGUCACCCUGGAGGAUCUCGGUCUGGCCCCCGUCCCGGCUAGCUUGGAGCGUACCUCGUCUUAUCUGACCCAUCCCGUGUUCAACACUCACCACUCGGAGACGGAAAUGCUCCGCUACAUUCGCCACCUGGAAUCCAAGGACCUGUCGCUGGCCCACUCCAUGAUUCCCCUCGGCUCGUGCACGAUGAAGCUCAAUGCCACAUCCGAGAUGAUCCCCAUCUCGUGGCCUGAGUUCUCCCAGAUGCACCCCUUCAUGCCUUCGGACGUCGCCAAGGGUUACACCCAGAUGAUCGACGAUCUAGAACAGCAGCUGGCGGACAUCACGGGCAUGGCCGAGGUCACCGUUCAGCCCAACUCUGGCGCUCAGGGUGAAUUCGCCGGUCUGCGUGUGAUCAAGAAGUAUCAGGAGGCCCACGGAGGCUCCAAGCGCAACAUUUGCUUGAUCCCCGUGUCGGCGCACGGAACCAACCCUGCCAGUGCCGCUAUGGCCGGCAUGCGGGUCGUCACCAUCAAGUGCGAUACCAAGACGGGUAACCUGGAUCUCGAGGACCUGAAAGCCAAAUGCGAGAAGCACAGGGACGAGCUUGCCGCCGUCAUGAUCACCUAUCCCAGUACCUUUGGUGUGUAUGAGCCCGGUAUCAAGCAGGCCUGCGAGCUUGUGCACCAGCACGGCGGACAGGUCUACAUGGACGGCGCCAAUAUGAACGCGCAAAUCGGUCUCUGCUCCCCCGGCGAGAUCGGUGCCGACGUGUGCCAUCUGAACCUGCACAAGACCUUCUGUAUCCCCCACGGCGGUGGUGGCCCCGGCGUUGGCCCUAUCGGCGUUGCCGAGCACCUGCGCGCAUACCUCCCCUCCCACCCCGGCAGCGAGUACCUGGUGUCUAAGCGCUCGGAAUCCUCCUCGCCCCCGAUCAGUGCCGCCCCCUGGGGUAGCGCCAGCAUCCUGCCCAUCACCUUCAACUACAUCAACAUGAUGGGCGCCAAGGGUCUCACCCACGCGACCAAGAUCACCUUGCUCAACGCAAACUACAUCCUCUCCCGCCUCAAGGAGCACUACCCGAUCCUGUACACCAACGAUAACGGCCGCUGCGCGCACGAGUUCAUCCUCGACGUGCGCCAGUUUAAGGAUACCUGCGGCGUGGAGGCGAUCGACAUCGCCAAGCGUCUGCAAGACUACGGAUUCCACGCGCCCACCAUGUCGUGGCCCGUGUCCAACACCCUGAUGAUCGAGCCGACGGAGUCGGAGAGCAAGGCCGAGCUGGACCGCUUCUGCGACGCGCUGAUCUCCAUCCGCCAGGAGAUUGCCGCCGUCGAGAGCGGCACCCAGCCUCGCGAGGGCAACGUGCUGAAGAUGGCACCGCACACGCAACGUGACCUUCUGGCCAGCGAGUGGAACCGCCCGUACACGCGGGAGGCCGCCGCGUACCCCGUGUCGUGGCUUCUGGAGAAGAAGUUCUGGCCUUCGGUCACGCGAGUGGAUGAUGCCUAUGGUGAUCAGAACCUGUUCUGCACAUGCGGACCUGUUGAAGAUACCGACUAG